GCGUGGCUUAAAACGUCAACAUUGAUUGACGUGGUUCGCGGAACCAGGAAGCCAGCAGUGACAUCACUCCAGAAUUCCCCUUCAGCGCGACGAAGAAGAAGAGCGAGGAAGGAAGAAACAAAAAAAACAAAGGAGUUUGCUGCUGUCUGAGGUUCCGAAGUUGUUCCUGUUGUUGUCUGCGCUAGUUUUACAAGCAACACAUUCAAGAUGUCCCUGUAUCCAUCCCUCGAGGACCUUAAGGUCGACAAGGUUAUCAAGGCCCAGGCUCAGUUUGCCCAGACUGCCACCCCCAUGCCAGCCAUCACCGAGGGAACCUACCAGCCUCAGCUUGCCACCGCUGGGAUGCCAGGAUCAAGCCUGUACCCGGACCUCGAGGAUCUAGGAGACUACAUGGGUCUGGUCCUCAACAGCGAGGAAGUCCAGAGGAACCUGUCUUUGUUGCCUGCGGCUGACAAUCAAGUAGCGGUGCCCUCCCUCUCAGGUGUGGGGGGGAUGGUGCGGCCCGUGACGGGGGCGGACGUCGGCAUCAGGAGGGCAGAGAUCCGCCCGGGACUGCGGGAGAUUAUCCUCUGCAAGGACCAAGACGGGAAGGUGGGGCUCCGGCUCAGAGCCAUCGACAACGGGGUGUUUAUCCAGCUGGUGCAGGCGAACUCCCCUGCGGCCCUGGCCGGGCUACGUUUCGGAGACCAGGUCCUUCAGAUCAACGGACAGAACUGUGCUGGCUUGAGCGUGGACAAGGCCCACAAGGCCUUGAAGGCCGCAGCCGAGACCCGCAUUGAGCUCGUGGUCAGGGACAGGCCGUUUCAGCGCACCGUCACCAUGCACAAAGACAGCUCGGGCCACGUGGGCUUCAUCUACAAGUCUGGUAAAAUCACCUCACUGGUCAAGGAUGCCUCUGCUGCCCGCAAUGGAAUGCUGACUGAUCAUUUCAUCUGUGAGAUCAAUGGACAAAACGUUAUUGGACUCAAGGAUUCUCAGAUCAAGGACAUCCUGACCACCUCACCGGCCGCCAUGACCAUCACCAUCAUGCCCAAGUUCAUCUACGAGCACAUGAUUAAGAGAAUGUCGACCGGCCUCCUGCGGUCAGCCAUGGACCACUCUGUCCCAGAGGUGUGAAUACCAGGAGGGUCAACUCUCAGGACGUCUUCAAUACAGAGAUCUCUCUCUCUCUCUCUCUCUCUCUCUCUCUCUAUUCCUGUCUUCAUACCAGACCAACUCCUGCAUUACAAUCAUCGCCGUCGCUAUUUCUCAUCUUUAACAUAAUCUUUAAAUGCCUUUUUUUUCCCCCUAUUCUUCAGUUGUUCAGUAUAGUCUUUACCUUUUCUACAUUUCCUUCAUCUCUGUUGACACGUCGAUUACGUUUUAUAUGUUAACCUUGUAGUCAUGUCUCUAUUUUUUUGUUUUGUAUUUGGAGAUCAAGGAAAGUGUUUUUCUUCUUUUUUCUCUUUCUUUUUUAAAAAUGUUUUAUAUAGCCAUGCACACUAUCAUGAGUCCAGAGCUUCCUCCUCAUUUUGUGGAGACAAAUCAUUGGCACAUGACGUUUCAUCUUGUCAAAAUGCUGUAAAAGCCAAUAGUCCGUCAUCAGAGCCCUCCCAUGUAGAUUACUGCUCCCAGUACCCUGCACUUGGCCACUAGUGUGUGUGUGUGUGUGUGUGUGUGUGUGUGUGUGUGUGUGCGCGCGCAAAUAAUCUGAUCUGAAUUAACACCCGGGGCCUCGCCUGUGAAAAAGAUGAGACUUGAUUCUAGACUCCAGUGUCAUCUUUACUUGGCCAGUAAAAACUACUAAGUUUUAAGUGUUCGUUUUUAGUUCAUACCAUAUAUUGGUAAAUAAAAUUUCUGUUGAUUCUGGCAUCGUUUUCAAUUAAAUUUGUUGUGCUUGUGAAGACGGAACAUUCUCACAUGUAAAGUGCGAGGUUCCGCACUACAUUUCCCGUCUCCAGGGGCGAACGUCGUGGCGACGCUCCGACGCGUCGUACAUUCAUACAUGUGCUGCACAUUCCAGGGGAGAAGUGUAGGGAGGAGGAGAAAAGAGGCAGAUGUUCACUGCUCCAUGCAGCUGGGACUCGGCCCCGUCCGCAAACACCGUCAGCGGCGAGGGCGCAGCGCGUUGACGCGACCGGUCACUUGAAGGGCGUUUGUGUCAUUUGAGGGAACUGGCGGUGUUUGUCGGGACGGGGCCUGUGCUGGGCGGACCCACUAAGUGCACUUUCCACGACCUUUUUAAAAGGUUGUCUUUCCUGUUUCCAUUGCAACAGUGAAGUUCAACAGUUGUUAUAUCUUUAUUUUAUUAUUUAGUAUUAUUGCGCUCUCGUGUUAAUGAGAGAACAAACUCGUUUUGUUAACCACAGGAAAAUAGCUGAAAAUCACACGUCUGAAAUGGAAGGCGUUUUAAAUUGCAGUAAUAUGUGUUGAGUCGUCAUAUUCCUCUGACUGAGGAAUGAGGCUGAGCGGAGCUCGCGGUUGUGAAUUUCUACUUGUUAUAUAAAGUCGCUCCUUUUAAUGCUGUUCAUGUUUGGAUGCAUGUAUUCCUUUAAUUUUCUAGGUAUGCAAUCUGAAGAAGAAAAAAAACAAAAAAACAUCACUGUCAUUCUGUAAGAACAUAAAAAAGUUUAUAUAUACGAAUGUAACCAAGAUAAUAUUGUAAAGCAAAUAAACAGUCUUUCUGUUCACAUUA